GAAUUGGAAAAGAAAGAAAAGGAUAUACUUAGAAUGAAGAUUGCAUUGGUAAAUAAAAAGGACUGUAUAGAUGAACUGACUUCUGAACUCGAAACAGCAGAAAAAACAGUUGAGGCCUUGCGAAGGCGAAUUAAGGAACUUUCUCAGGAAGUGGAAGAAGUAGAACCAAAAAGUGAUCAAGAAUUUUCCUCUCAAAAGGACUAUAAAUCAAAUGACAAGGAACAAUGGUUCGCUAUAAACCUAUAA